UUAUUUAGACGAACAAAAUUGGGUUGAGUAUUAUAGGAAAGAGAAAAUGGAGAAAGCGUUAAGAAUCUACGGUGAGAUUCUGAGGUUGGUUCGGCGCUUGCCCAAGGACACCAGGCCUUACUACGCCAAGUAUGCCCGCGAGAACUUCGUCAAUUACAGAGAAGUCGACGCCAACGAUUCCAUAGCCCUCGAGGAGCUCUUCCACAGGGCCUACAACCAUUCCAUCUGGGUUCUCAAUAAGUACUCUGUUGAUCAAUCCGCAGCUGAUAAGCUGAAGGAGGUUUGCUGCAAUUAGCGCCUGUACAUGUCUGCCAACUGUUUGUCGUAAUGCCCGAACGGUACUGGCGGACGUACAUUUCUUGUUUUGUGAGUGUGAGCUUUAUUUGUAGUGUAGUUGACAGAAAGUUUCUAAUCAAAUAAAGUUUUAGUUUUUGUUA